CAAACCAGGACCAACUAAUCCGUUGCCUUAGACCCUAGUCUUAAAAGUUUCCAAGAAGAAAAUAAUAAUAAUAAUAAUAAUAAUAAUAACAAUAAAGAAAUGGGGAGACCACCUUGUUGUGACAAAGCUGGUUUGAAGAAAGGUCCAUGGACUCCUGAAGAAGAUAUCAUCUUGGUAUCUUAUAUUCAACAACAUGGUCCUGGGAAUUGGAGGGCUGUUCCUACAAAUACAGGGUUGCUUAGAUGUAGCAAGAGUUGCAGGCUUAGAUGGACUAAUUACUUAAGGCCUGGGAUUAAAAGGGGAAACUUUACAGAUCAUGAAGAGAAAUUGAUAAUCCACCUUCAAGCUCUUUUAGGCAACAGAUGGGCUGCAAUAGCUUCUUACCUUCCUCAAAGAACUGACAAUGACAUUAAAAACUAUUGGAACACUCACUUGAAGAAGAAGCUGAAGAAGAUCAAUGGCAGUGAAAGUUAUUCUAGAGAAGGGUUUUCAUCAGAAAAACACCAAAUUUCAAGAGGCCAAUGGGAGAGAAAGUUGCAGACUGAUAUCCAAAUGGCUAAACAGGCUUUAUCUGAUGCAUUGUCACCAGAUAAAUCAAGUGGUUUAGCUUCAAAACCAAGAGGAUAUGCAUCAAGCACUGAGAAUAUAGCUAAGUUACUGAAGAAAUGGAUGAGAAAUCCACCAAAACCUGCUUCAAGUGAUAAUAUGGGAGGGAUUGGGACUCCAUGGAAGGAAAAUAAAAGCAGCAACAGCAUUGAAAUGUCUGAGGUUUUUGAGUCAUUGGAUGUGUUUGAAUCAUUUGAUUCUUCAAAUUCUGAUUUCUCACAAUCUCUGUCACCUGAUCAGGCAAGGCUUUUCCAAGAUGAAAGUAAACCAGAUGUGAAUGAACUAGGGCAACUCACAUUGCUUGAGAAAUGGCUUUUUGAUGAUGGUGCAAAUCAAGGGAAAGAUGACCAGCUUAGUGAUAUCAAACUAGAUGGAAAUGCUAUUUUUUUCUAAAAAUGAAACGGGGGAAUUCUUUUACAGACUUUUUUUUGGUGGAUUCUUUUGGUCUUAGCUUAUUUUUUUUUGCUAUAGAUCUUGUUCAAUGAAGCUAUCUUGCAUUCGAAUUAUCAGAUGAAUUAGGUUCGUGUGAUUCAACUUUUGAUGAUUUAAUUAUCAUAUUUUACAGAAAUUGACAUU